AUGCAAUAUGUGAUCCUGUUCAUGCAUGACCUCCCCUGCAUUCAGUACAAUGUGUCUGAUGACAUGCUUUGGCACAACAUAUCAUGGACUUCUUAUUGGGCCAAGGACAUGUGGAUAAUACCAAUUCAUAGACCUUCAAUCAUUGGUCAUUGGGUGUUGUGUACUGUGCACCUCCAGAGCAAGGAGCUUCACUUAUUUGAUAGCUUUGCCGAGCAAUGA